AUGAAAGUCAAAGUUCUCGGUUGGAACAUUAGGGGACUUAAUGAAAAGAAUAAAAGGAGCACUCUCGGCUCAUUAGUUCGAGAAUGGAGAGCAGACAUUGUGUGUCUUCAGGAAACUAAAAUGGAAGACAUUCCUGCAAGUAUGUUUUAUCAAAUAUGGGGGAAUAGAUGGGUUGAAUGGGCAGAACUAAAGGCAUCUGGAACCAGGGGUGGUAUUGUAGUUAUGUGGGACAGAAGGCUUUGGAAAUGUAAUGAUUCGCACCAAGGCAGCUUCUCAAUCACAUGCUUUCUUGAUAGUUUACAAGAAGAUUUCAGAUGGGCUUUCACAGGUGUGUAUGGUCCACACACCAAUGCAGAGAGGAAGGAAUUGUGGCAUGAACUAGGAGCUGUUAGAGGUAUAUGGACUGAACAAUGGGUGAUUGGAGGGGAUUUUAACGUAUGUAGAUUCGAAAAUGAAAGACUCAACUGCACUAGAAGAUCCAGGGCUAUGAGGAGUUUUUCAGACAUUAUUAUGGACCUGCAGCUACUAGAUUUACCUCUCCAAGGGGCACAAUACACUUGGGCAAGGGGGGAGGAUUGUUUACAGGCCUCUAGGAUUGAUAGGUUCCUUAUAUCCUCUGAGUGGAAUGAAAGCUUCAAAGCAAUCAAUCAGUUGGCCCUCCCAAGAGCUCUAUCUGAUCACAAACCUCUUCUGCUGGAGAGUGGGGAAUGGGACACAACACCUUCUUAUUUCAAGUUCGAAAACAUGUGGCUGCAACAAGAAGGGUUCAUUGACAUGGUGAAGGAGUGGUGGCAGAGUUACGUCAUAAGUGGCAGCCCAGAUUUUAUACUAGUACAAAAAUUGAGGAAUUUAAAAAAGGACUUAAGCAACUGGAACAGGGAUGUCUAUGGCAAAGUGGAAGCAAAAAGANAGAUGUCUGUGGCAAAGUGGAAGCAAAAAGAACCAAGGCCUUGGAGGAGCUCUCAAUUUUAG